UGCCCCUUACUGUUUUAGGUUAGUACAUAAUUUAUCAAAUAAAAAAAUACCGUUCUCUUUAAGAGCCACUAAAUAUAUAAUUUUAUCAAAUAUGAAAAGCGUCUUGUCCCAUCCACAAGAGUAUAGCUAGAUUUUAAUGAUACAGGAAGCAGUAUUAUGGGCCAUGCACUCCUUCUUAAAGCUUCCCAAAAUCUAUAUUCCUAACAACUACCAGUUUGUUAUUUCCACCAUAUCUACCCCCUACUACUCAACAAAUGCAUGCUGCAUUGUGGAAUAGUCCCUUAAUAGAUCAAGUCAUCUGUGCACGUUAAACCCUGUAAGAUCCUAAAAGUCAGCUAUCUUUUUUAGCUCUAACAACCCCUGAAGACAUUGCAUUUGCCCUUUAGGUAAUGAAAAAUACUUUUAGAGCAAAUGUACUUGGGAAACCAAUACCCAAGGAAAUACAAUUCAGAUUUAUCUAGUAACAAUACUCUAUCUUUCUAUCACAAACAGAUCGAACAAUGGCUCCCUCAUUUACAAAAGCUCUACGAGAUAUUGACAGUGUAAUAAAUGUUUUCUGCCAACUGGAAUGCAAAGUUUCUGGCUCUCUGCCAAUGCAAGUUGUGUGGUUUAAAAAUGAUAAAGAACUUGGCACUGAUAAGCACAAAAUAUCUUUUGUGGAAGGCUCAGCAUCACUGGAAAUAAGUUGUCUAAAUCUGAAUGAUGCUGGAAUUUAUACUUGCAGAGCCACAAAUUCUGCAGGAAGUAAGGAAUGCAAGGGAAAUCUCACAGUGAAAGAACCUCCAAGUUUCACUGCAAAACCAGACUCACAGGAUGCAUUGCCAGGAUCUACAGUGUGCUUGAAGACCACCUUUAAGGGAACACCACCACUGUCGAUAAAAUGGUAUAAAGGUGUUGAAGAGCUGAAAACAGACGGAUCUUGUUAUAUUGCUAAACAAAAUACUGAAAGCUCCCUAGAACUGUAUGCAGUGAAAACAUCUGAUUCAGGAUAUUAUGUCUGCAAAGUUAGCAACACAGCUGGAGCAUUGGAAUGUAGUGCAAACGUAUUUGUGAAAGGUUUGCAUUCUUUUUAUCUUUACAAAAGCAACAUGUUUUUGGGCUUCUUGCGCCAUACAUGUCUCUUAAUAAUUUUCUUUAAAUCUUACAGAACCUGCAGCAUUUACUGAAAAGCUAGAGCCAUCCCAUCUUUUUAAAAGGGGAGAUUGUGUACAGCUGGAGUGUAAAGCUUCAGGAACACCACCCAUUUACAUUACAUGGUUUAAAAAUAACAGGGAAGUCAAAGAGUGUGAUACAUGCCGCAUGUCUUUUUUAAACUCAGUUGCAGCUCUUCAUCUUUCCAAAAUAAGCCCUGAAGACUGUGGUGAAUAUGUUUGCCAGGCUAAAAAUGAAGCUGGUUCAGAUAUAUGCAGCUGUGCAGUGAUAGUUAAAGGUGUGUUUUGAUAGUAUUUUGCUCACAUUGAAUUUUUCAAUAAAGCAGUUGUAUCAUAUUUUUAGCAACUAGAUUAAAAGAUAUUUUUUGUUUUACACAACAGAGCCACCAAAAUUUAAAAGAGAAUUUGAAAAAGCAGACAUUUUAAGAGACACAGAUGUUGUCUUGGAAGUUUUAGGCUCAGCUCCUUUUGAAGUUGCCUGGUUCAAGCCAGUAUGGAA